AGUAUUGGAUGAAGAGAGUAAAUAGAGAAGCCUCAAGAUGGCUGACUCUCACCUCGCUGCUGCCGCUGCUGCGGUUCCCCCGUCAGCUUCCUCCGCCAAAAACCCGCUCGUCAAACCCAACGACAACAGCUUCAACCCGCCGCCUCCAAAGAAGAUCCGGGUCGAGGAGAGGAGCGAUAAACCCAAGAAAGUGGGAGCAGAAAGCAAAGACAAACUCCAGGCUCCCGAGAAGCAGAGUUACGGCAACCCGGCUUUGUGGAGCUUCAGCCCGGUCAAGCCGAGCAGCAGCAGCCGCUGUGUGCCCGCCGCUGCGGGAGGAAGCCACAAAGUGUUCCAACAGAGCGACUUCUUCCUCCACAAAGCGCCUUGUUCGUCCAAACCCAAGAAAGCCAAUAAGGACAAACAGCGGGAGAAAGUAGAGAAGGCAAAAGGAGGCGCGGAGGAGAAAAAGAAACACAAACUGUUAGCCGCCGGGCCCGGGACUAACGACACCAGCAGCUUUAACAACACUUCUACCGCCAAGAGAGAGAACGGAGAGGUCAUGUUACCAUCUAAAGAGCACUCCACUAAGGACAAGACCAAAGAGAGAGACAAGGAGGAGAGGGAGAGGAAGAAGGUCAAAGAAAGAGAGAGAGAAAAAGAGAAGAAGCACAAGGUGAUGAACGAGAUCAAGAGGGAGAACGGAGAAGUCGAGCAGCUGAUGAAAGAUGAAAAAGAGAAAGCCAAGAUGAGCUUGGAGGAGCUGCAGAUCAAAAAAGUGAAAAAGAAAAAGAAGAAAAAACACAAAGAGGGGGAGAAGCAUAAACGAGUGAAGAUGUACCACCGUUCUUGCCAGACAAAUUGUGCCGACCUUCUUCGUCUGUGUCCUCCUCCUAUAUCCCCCUCCUCUUAUCUCCAGAACACCUCCUCCCUGUCGCCAUUUAAGUCCCCGUUGCCACCUCCUCCUCACAAGGCCUCACUUUUGCUGGUGUCCCCCUCAUCCCUCUCCCCUCCUCUUGCAUCCACCUCACUCUGUAAUUCUUCUCUGGACAACUCUCUAAACUCGCUGUCAGCCUCCAUUAAGACCACUGACAUGUCAAACAAACACCGGCUUCAGAGCGCCUAUCCUGGUAUGGCAGGCCUAGAGUUUGAGCCGUACAUCCAUAUAGAGAACCAGCCUAAUGGAGGGGCCCUCGUGGCCCAUGCCUACAUGUCCCAGCUUUCCUCUCUCUCGCUGAGCGACAGGCAAAGAUUCGCCCAGGAGUUUGUCACCUUGGCAUUCAGUGAAGACUUAUCCCAGGCAGCCCAUUAUGUCAUGGGGAUUGUCCAUGGUGAAGCUGCCUACCUACCUGACUUCUUGGAGUACUUCUCUUCCAACUUCCCAUCGGCUCCAGUUAAAAUGGAAAUACUGGGAAAGAAAGACAUUGAAACAACCACUAUGGCUAAUUUCUACUCUCAGGUGAAAAAAACAUACAGUCACGGUACCUACAGAGCCGGUCCAAUGAGGCAGAUCAGUCUGGUGGGAGCUGUGGAUGAGGAAGUCGGGGAUUACUUCCCAGAAUUCCUCAGCAUGCUUGAAGAGUCUCCCUUUCUAAAGCGGACACUGCCGUGGGGCAGCUUCUCCAGCUUGAGGCUAAUUAAUCCCACAGAGAGUGAUGAUGGCCCUAUUAUGUGGGUGCGACCGGGAGAGCAGAUGAUACCUGUAGCUGACAUACCAAAGUCGCCUUUCAAAAGGAAACGCUCCACCAAUGAGGUGAAGAACUUGCUGCAAUCCCUCUCCAGAUCCAGCGAGCCCAGAGAGAUGCUGUUUGAGGAUCGAACCCGGGCCCACGCUGAUCACAUCGGUCAGGGCUUCGAGAGACAAACCACUGCGGCUGUGGGGGUGCUGAAAGCCAUCAGCUUUGGAGAAGGCUCGGAGCCUCCUCGUGUAACCAAAGAUGUGGUGUGUUUCCAUGCCGCUGAUUUCCCUUACGUCGUUCAGAGGCUGCAGCUGGACCUGCAUGAACCUCCCUUGUCCCAGUGUGUGCAGUGGAUCGAUGACGCCAAACUCAACCAACUGCGUCGCGAGGGCAUCCGCUACGCUCGCAUCCGCUUGUGCCACGAUGACAUCUACUUCAUCCCUCGUAACGUGGUUCACCAGUUCAAGACCGUGUCCGCCGUCUGCAGCCUAGCAUGGCACAUCCGCCUGAAACAGUAUCACCAAGGAGAGGAAAGCGAGGAAGAAGUGGAGGAGGAGGAGGAGAAGAAGGGGAUAGAGUUGAAGGAGAGUGGAACUGCGGAGUUCAAGGAAGAAGAGGAGAGGAAGAUGGAGAUGAAGGGGAAGAAAGGUGAAAGUGAGCUGAAGGAGAGGAUAAAAGAGGAGGAGGAGGAGGAUGUAAAGAGCAGGAUGUUGGCAGAUGUCAAAAUAGAGGAAGGAGAACAUCAUCUUCAUCCAUCUCCUUCAGCUCUGCUCUCAGUGCCUGAGAGUUCCACUAGAGAUGUAGAGGAGGUGCAAGAGAGAUCUGAAGAGCAGGGUUUAUCUGCUCCUCUCAGCAAGAAUAAAUCACCUUCGCCUCCUCAUUCUUCCCCAUCGUCCUCCCUUACUCUUCAACAGGAGAAACACAGAGCUUCAUCAACGCACCACCACCACCAUCAUUCAGAUGUGAGAACAACCCCUUCCAGUACGGCUUCCUCCUCGCCAGCUUCUCAUUCUCCUGCCAGAUUGUCUCCUUCUUCAUCACCUUUGACAGGAUUGAACGUUACUCCUGUGUGCUCCUCUUUUGUACCGUCUGUUGUUCCUGCUCCAUCUUCUUCUCCUAAUACGACAUCUCCCUCAACAUCAGCCUCCUCCUCUUUUCUGACAACGCCCACCGAUUCUUCGCACCUGUCUGUUUCUUCACCUGCCCAAUGUCCUCCGAUUUCUCAGUCGGACCACUUCAAGGACAGAGACGUGCAUCCGGACACAUGGACGCAGACUGUUCCCGAUGUCCAGGCAGACCGCGAUGCACAGGACGCAGGAACGCCCACUGUGGAACUGCAGACCCACGCGUCUGUGAAUGUGCAAGCGGACACAUGGACACGCACGGCAGGAGAGACACAGCGGUACACGCCUGACAAAUGGACGUCCUGCGAGUCCAGGACGCUGUCAGGUGCACGGAUGCACCCGCCUCAGGACACAAGCAGGCAGGGUGUGUACAUGCAGCAGUACACGCCCCAGUAUCUCCCACCUCCUCACCCUCCCCCGAUGCUUCCCCCUUCCUCCUUCUCCUCUCUUUUGCCACCCCCUCGCCUUCCGCACGGACCGCCCAUCCUCCCCCCAAACUCUAUGGCACCGCCCCAAACCCUGAACCCGACCCGAUCGGCACAGUCCUCCUUCCUGAGUCAAACGGCCCCCCCUCACCAGCUGCACCUUCACGCUCCUCAUAACGCCGCGCACAUCACGAUUCAGUCUCAGUCCUACUACGCCCAGCCUCCCCUAAUGGUACCACACACCUCCCCAUCCCAUUCAAACACUCCUCACACUACCUCCCAAGCUCCCCCGCCCCAUUUUUCUCACCCGCACCUUCUCGCCGACCCCUUCUUUUCACCCCAGCACCCCCACUUUGGGUCUCACCCUUUCAUCCCCCCCCACCCGCCUCCUCAGCCGCAGCCUUUCCUCUCUCAGCCGCCUGCGUCUUUUCCCCUUCAGCUGCAGUAUCAAACCUCGCCACUGCCUCCGUCUUCGUCUUACUCCGCGUGCCCUCCCCCUCAUCCCCCUCCCCCACCUCCUCCCACCUCCUCACAGUCCCCUCCCCCGCCUCCUCCCCCCUUACCGCCUCCUCCCCCUCCUCCACAGCCCACCUUUUCCGCUCUUUUGCCUCUGCCUGCAGGGCCCCCACAGCACGAAUGGGAGCAGAGACCAGUUUUAUAGUGGAUUUUGUACAGAAUAAUAGUUUUCGGAUAUUGUACAUAUACAGGGUUUAUUUUGCUUGUGUUAUAUGUAAAAAUGAAAUAAGGGCGAUGGAAGCGUGUGACGUGCGGAGUCAGAAUUUACAGAUGCACAACGUCUGCUCUGCACUGAGAUGGUUUGUGCUCGUACUGAACUGGAUACUCUGGUUGCGCUCUGGUUCAAAAAUAUUGACUAUGAAUUAACUGCAUUUACUGGUAGUUUCUGCCUUCAGGGAACUACACCAAAAUCUGUGUGCUGGCUACAUGAGAGCAGCUUUUCAGGAUCAACCCAAAGUCAAACACCAGGAUGUCAGUGAGCCGUCAGAGGUGGGAUUUCUGCAGAUUGUGUCUGAGAUAUUUAUAUAAAAAAAAAAAGUUUAUGAGGAUGAUCUUUUUAUUAAACUUGCAGCUAAUGCUUCCAUUUUUGUGAUAUUUCUACAGUCUUGUUUCUAGAAUAAUAAUGGUUUGAACAUGCUAUGAUUAUUAAUACAAAUUUGUAUUGAUGUAAUGUUGCUUCAGUUCCACAACUGUUAUUGUAUUGAUACACCACAGUCAAUGCAGGAUAUUGUAUUUUUUCCCCUGAUACUGUAUUCUGAGCAGUAAUGCUCUGCAAUAAUAUACUUACUGUAUGGCAACAGCUAGUAGUAUUUUAACUUAAAUUUCAACAUUUUUGAUUGAAAAGCCAGUAAUGUCCUACUGAAACCUCCUCUAAUAGCAGGUAUCUAAACAACUUAUUUAUAUAUAUAUAUAUAUAUAAAAAAAAGGUUCUCCGUAUAAAUUUUUUAAUUGUCCGUAAUGUUAUAUUUAAAAGAAACAUGUUUUAAACCAUGUCGCAAUAUGAAGAGAGACACACAUAAUUGUAUUGUCAAGCCAGUAUCCUUGACAUCUUUUAUCCGUUUUAUAGUGUUCGCCAGCCUCCCCUUUUUAUCUGACAGUAGACCUUUUGAGUCUCUCGGGAAGAAUUGUUCAGUUACAACCUGCAAAUAAUCAUCUACUGACUUCAGGUCAGGCUCAGGAGCGUGUGCAGUAGGUGCACAUUGGUGCAUCCAUCACACCACUCGCCACCCUUGUGUGGUUUAGAGCUGGCUAAAUGUUUUUAGUCAAUUGAGUGCUAAUUCCACCACCAACCACACAGGGGAGCUUUACCAGUCACAGCAAAAUUCUUAGUUUGGAACCUGCACUUAAGGGAUGGCUGAUGUCUUGACACUCUAUACAGAAAUUUUAACAAGUGUUGCACUGCACUGGACAGAAUGUGAGGAAAUGAUAGGUAUCAGAAAAUAACAGCAGACAGAAUUAACCACGAGAGUUACCGUCAAGUCUCCUGUUGAGAAAUAACAGCAGUGAUGUUCAAUUUAAAGUACUUUUUGGGUAUGGUGACAAAUUAAGGGAAAAGCAGGAUAAAUAAGCGGAGAAACAAUGACUGCUCCAUCCACAGGGCGCAAAGGGUUACAGAGUGGUUUGACUAUAAACAUACUGUGAAACACUAUGGCCUUCACAGAUGUUAGCUCUAUACCCACUGAUGGGUGAUUUUGGGCUGGCAUGUUGGCACUGGCCAUCACCAAAACACAAAAUGAGGGAAUAUCCUUUGGAAUUCUAUCCUUAAGUAGAGUGCCAGAGACUUCUUGAAUCAUUACGAAGGGAUAACAGCUUAGUGUGUGUGUGUCCAAAAGUACAGGGGGUAUAUAAAUCCUUUGCACUAACGUCACAUAUUUCCUAUGAUAGUUUCCAGUUCACUGUCAUCGUUCCCUCAUCACACCAUUUACUUGUUACCUUAAGUCCAAG